GAGAGAGAAUCUGGAAAUCGUGCUUCUGUUUUUUGUAACCAAGAUAUUUUUAGUACAUUUGUUAGUAUGCUGUGUUUGGAAAUACAUGCUCUGUGUCUUUAAACUUUUGAAGCCUUUCUUUGCACAUUUGGGUGCAGUGCAACCAAACUUAAGCAUGGGAAAUCCUCUCUUCCCUCCCCAGCUUAACAGUCUCCACUCAGGACUAUCUUUGCAAUGGCUACCACUUAGUGAUUAGCUCUCUAUCAUGUCAAUCAAAUCUUUGUCUCUAGCAAAAUGUUUUGUCACUGUAGUAGGGCUCUGGUGCUGGAAAUUUAUCUUUGACAGAGAAAGAAUGCUUUUGAAAACAGCUCCUACGUGAUUUGAUGUAACUUAAUUUGCCCUGGAAAGGAGAUGUCUCGUCUCUGGUAUGGGAAAAAAGGGAGAAGAUAUCAACCAAUUAAUCAUAAACACACUCUGGUAGUGUCAGUGGCUGAGUAUCACCGCAGGAUCGAUGCUCUAAAUACUGAAGAACUGCGCACACUCUGCAGACGUCUCCAGAUUACUACAAGGGAAGACAUAAAUUCAAAGCAGGUUGCUCCAGUGAAAGCAGACCUGGAGUCUGAAUCUUUUCGACCAAACCUAAGUGAUCCCAGUGACCUCUUACUGCCAGAUCAAAUUGAAAAGCUUGCUAAGCAUCUUCCGCCAAGAACUAUUGGCUAUCCAUGGACUCUUGUUUAUGGUACUGGGAAGCAUGGCACAAGUUUGAAGACCCUUUAUCGAACAAUGACAGGUUUAGACACCCCAGUGCUGAUGGUGAUUAAAGACAGUGAUGGACAGGUUUUUGGUGCAUUAGCAUCUGAGCCAUUUAAAGUAAGUGAUGGCUUUUACGGUACUGGAGAGACCUUUGUUUUUACAUUCUGUCCAGAGUUUGAGGUCUUUAAGUGGACAGGAGAUAAUAUGUUUUUUAUCAAAGGAGACAUGGAUUCACUAGCUUUUGGUGGUGGAGGAGGAGAAUUUGCCCUUUGGCUUGAUGGAGAUCUCUACCAUGGAAGAAGCCAUUCUUGUAAAACGUUUGGGAAUCAUACACUUUCUAAGAAGGAAGAUUUCUUUAUCCAAGACAUUGAAAUCUGGGCUUUUGAAUAAAUACAAUGCUUUCAGUCUUAGCAGGAUAAUGGCCCAAACCUGACAUGGACAAGCACUGUUUGGAAUGUUCAAGAAGCAAUACAAUAUAACAUGUCACUUGUGCUUUAAAAUUAAUGUGUAUCACCAUUAACUACAGCUAUAAUUUUGGAGUUUAUUUUUCAAAUCAUGUUAUUGUCCCAGAGUUCUUUAGGUUUAGACUAUGGCCUGAAUCCAUGUAGUAUAAUUGCUGAGUUUUGUCCGAAUUUUGAUCAUAGUGACCACCUCGUUUUCAAUUCACCUUAUCGCAAUCCCCUAAUAGGAUGGUGCUCUUCUGUUGAACUUUUUUUUAACUGUGUUGUUUCUUUUGUAGAGCAGUAUAAUUGGGACAUGGAGGAAAUUAAGUCUAGAUGCUUUCAUACUGUGAGGUUGGCACAGGUGACAUUUGCACCUGCUUAUCUUAUUUUUACGGAGAAACCACAUGCCAAAAUAAUACAUACUUCAUAGACCACUGAGUUCUAAUUCUGAUUUACAUUACAGCAUUCUCUUUAUUAAUUUUUCAAGUAUUCUCAAUUUCAUUUUAUGGAAAUGAAAUUUGAGGAGAAUUCUGACUGUAUGAGACCACUGUGCACAUGAUCUGCAGGUUUGGGCAGAUGCUUUCAUCAUUGAAUUAUCAGAUAAAGACUUAUAAAUUGACAAAGGAGAACGAGAACUUAGUGAUUCUAUUGGGUUUAAUAUAUUAAGCAAGAAAUUAUACUAUUUAUAUAUUUGUAGCUUAGGGCAUUGUCAUAAGUAUAAAAACUAUGAAAUAUGCAUAUUUCUCCAACAUAUCGUGUCAGGUAUACUGGUUUAUAGUUCUGUUGUUUUAGCCUUGUUGCAUACCAACUCCAAAAAUAGAGAUUUUUUUUUCUGUUCAAAAGGAAAAAAAACAGCUUGUUUGGUUUUUUUUUUUUUUUUUUUUUUUUAGUGGUAUAUGUUGUUAAUUACCAUUAUUAGCUUUUGCUCUUAUAGAAGGGCAGCGAUUAUCAUAGACAAUAUUGUAACUCAUAGUAGACAAUAUUGUAACUCUGUAGACUUGGUGAAUAUGCAAACUUAUUGUCAAGUGACCUCAGAAAACUGAAAAGAUAGAAUAUACUAGUAGUUCUUAUCCUCUUUUGUAGGAAACCAACAAUAAGCCAUCGUGGCAAUAAUUCACCAGUUAAAUUUCAGAGCUUCAUGUUAUGCAAAAAAAAAAAAAAUCCUGCUGUUAUACAUGUGACAGUGACUUUGUGCUGAAAUCUCAGCUAUUCCACAUAAACAUUGUAUAUCUUGUAAAUUAAUGUUUAAAGGUAGUUUUGUUCUUAUAGAAAGUGUUGAUUGCCAGAUUGCUUAUAGCACUUUAAAUUAUUCUAAAAAUAAAAUUAUAAGCCAAAUAUUUGGCUUAAGUAGUUUUAGUUGUAUAACACCUAAAAUAUAUCUAGUUCUUUUGAAAGAUAGGUAAUUAUCUAAAGAAAGCAUAAUGCAAAUCCAAAAGAAAAUCUGAUGUUCUAUUAUAUUAUGCUGUUGCUGAAUAUGAAUAGAAAUACAGGGCAUCGUUUUCUUGUCUAUGUAAAACUGUCUUAUUUUAAGUUAAAUAACAGUAUAUAGAUUAAAUGUUUACAAUAUAGGGAACUGUAAAUAAAUAUAUCAUUUCCUCCCUUUGGUCUUCCACAGCAGUAUUAUUGUCUUUGUGGAGCUGACUAAUCAUAAAAUAAAAAGAAUUUUUUAAAUCCUGUAAUGGAUUUCAACUAUAAUAAAGUCAUAGUUGUGUAUAUCAAAUAAAAUUAAAUGCAUAAAUACA